GAGAGGAGAAGCGCAGGCGAACUUCCUCUUCCGGAUCGCUCAUGGGUGGAAGGUGAUGUGCAGAGUGUUAUUUGUGCUCAUCCCAGGAUAGAAACAGUAGCUGGAAGACAAAAAUGAUGGCAAUAAGAGCACUCUGGAUGACUGAGAAUAACAAGCGACAUUGAAAAGGAAAGCAAAUCAAGCCAUAAAUCAAAGUAUUUUCCAUUUCCUUCAGAAAACCACAUAAUUCUUCUCUGUCCUCAGCAGGUGAUAGACAAAAAAGAGGAAACCAAGAAGAGAUUUCAAGCUGGAAAAAAUAGAGUGUGCGGAACUCAAGGAUACAUUACAUGAAAGGUCAAGGGAGAUUAUUUUUCCAUUUAGAAAAAGAGGGGAAUAUCUGGAAGUCAGUGGGAAGAAAAAGAUCAAUUGGAUAGUCACCUAGGGCAGACACUAAUGCAGGCCUCGCUCUGGGAGGAAGAACAUUACCACUAAAUCAAAGCAUCACUAAACAAAGGAUCAUCCAUAUUUUUGACCUCCUCAGGAAUAUUGAUUGUCCAGGAAUUGGAUAGUCACAUAGUAUGCUGUGCUGCUCACAUAUAGACACAUAACUGUGGUUUAGUGGGUUUAUUAAUAUUUCCCUGCAACUCCCUUCACCAAAAACCCAGAACUGUCCCAAUUAAGUCCAGCGACAAGCAGACCAAUGCAAUGGCCAAUGAGUACAUAAGGCACCUGAACGUUUCCCCAUCAAAAUAAACAUACCAAGCAAAAUUAAAUCCACAAUACAAGAGGGUUCACGAGGCAAGAAAAGUCCAGAGUUCAAAGGCACAAUCCAAAUCAAGGCACAGUGACAAUGGAAAGUGAGGCAAAAGUCACACCAACCAGAAAACACACAGAUAGGAAAUGAACACAUUCCCAGCAUCACUUCCAUCUUUGUGCUGUGCUAAAUAGCAAGCUUCCUUUGCAGCCCUUAAAGAAGGGUGAGGCUUUCUCUUCAUGAGUAAUCUGUCUGAUCUCUGUUCAUGGUUUUUCUCUGCCUUGGAUUAGGUGCAGAAGGCAGUUCCUCCUCACUGACUGGCUGCAGCUGCAUGCUUUCCCCACUCAAAGCCUCAGGACUCCUGCUGCAGCUAUGCUUCAGCCAAAUCUUUCUCAGAUGACUGAUUGGAGCCAUAGACCAACUCCCUUCCAGAUGUGGCUGGAACUGGUUCAUCUUCCUCCGAACUGACAUCUGAAGAGUGAUCUGGGAAAGCAUCUGGAGGACUCAUCACAGGCAGACAGUAAUACAGGCCUAGAACUGGAGGAAGAAAACAGUAGCUGCAAUCAAAGCAAAACUAAAUGAAGGAUCACACAAAUUUUUGACCUCCUCAAUAAUAUCAGUGGUGGAAAAGUUCCAUAGAUGUGCCUAUUGGGGGGAAAGCACAGAUUGCAAAUCACAACUUACUAUGCACAAGAGGAUUCACGUUGGAAAAAAGCCAUACUAAUACUAUGAAUGUGACAAAAGCUUUCCUCAGAAUACUUCUCUUGUGGUUCAUAGAAAGACCCACACAGGACUGAUGCCCUAUAACUGCUCCAAAUGUGGUAAAAUCUUUUGCAAGCAUGGCAACUUGGUGAUACAUCAGAGAACUCACGCCAGGGAGAAACCAUGUGAGUGUCCAGUUUGUGGGAAAAGUUUCAUUGCAAAAUCCCACCUGGUGAUACACCAGAGGACUCAUAUAGGAGAGAAACCUUUUGAAUGUCUUGAUUGUGGGAAACGUUUUGGUAACAAUUCCAGCUUGGUGACACACCAGAGGAUUCACACAGGAGAGAAACCCUUUCAGUGUCAUGAUUGUGGAAAAAGUUUCAGUCAGAAUUCCAACCUGGUGAUACAUCAGCGGAUUCACACAGGAGAAAAGCCCUUUGAAUGUCCCAAUUGUGGGAAAAGUUUUGUUCAUAAUUCCCACCUGAUAAAACACCAGAGGACUCACACAGGAGAGAAACCCUUUGAAUGUCCUGAAUGUGGGAAAAGUUUUAGUCAGAAUUCUGACCUGGUGAGCCAUCAGAGAACUCACACAGGAGAGAAACCCUUUCAAUGUUCUGAUUGUGGAAAACAUUUCAGUCACAAUUCCAGUCUGGUGAUACACCAGAGGACUCACACAGAAGAGAAACCAUUUGAAUGUCCUGAUUGUGGAGACAGUUUCAGUCAGAAUGAUCUUUUGGUGAACCAUCGGAGGACUCACAAAGGAGAGAAAUUGUAUGAGUGCCCUGAUUGUGGUAAAAGAUUCAGUUACCAUUUUAACCUGGUGAACCAUCAGAGGACUCAUACAGGAGAGAAACCGUAUGAGUGUCCACAUUGUGGGAAAAGUUUCAGUUACCAUUGUAACCUGGUGAUACACCAGAGGACUCACACAGGAGAGAAACCAUAUGAAUGUCCAGAGUGUGGGAAAAGUUUCAGUCAGAAUUCUAACCUUGUGAUACACCAGAGGACUCACACAGGAGAGAAACCCUUUGAAUGUCCUAAUUGUGGGAAGCAUUUCAGUCAGAAUUCCCAACUACUGAUACAUCAGAGGACUCACACAGGAGAAAAACCAUUUGAAUGUCCUGAUUGUGGGAAAAGUUUCAGGAAGAAUUCUGACCUGGUGAACCACCAGAGGACUCACACAGGAGAGAAACCAUAUGAGUGUCCAAUUUGUGGGAAAAGUUUCAGGAAGAAUUCCAACCUGGUGAACCACCAGAGGACUCACACAGGGGAGAAACCCUUUGAAUGUCUUGAUUGUGGGAAAAGUUUCAGUUACCGUUCUAAUCUUGUGAACCACCAGAAGACUCACACAGGGGAGAAACCCUUUGAAUGCCUUGAUUGUGGGAAAAGUUUCAGUUACCGUUCUAAUCUUGUGAACCACCAGAGGACUCACACAGGGGAGAAACCCUUUGAAUGUCCUGAUUGUGGGAAACAUUUCAGUCUCAAUUCCAGUCUAGUAAUACACCAGAGGACUCACACAGGAGAGAAACCCUUUGAAUGUCUUGACUGUGGGAAAUGUUUUAGUCAGAAUUCCCACCUGAUGGUACAUCAGAGGUCUCACACAGGAGAAAAACCCUUUGAAUGUCCUGAAUGUGGGAAAAGUUUCAGUCAGAAUUCACACUUGGUGAUACACCAGAGGACUCACACAGGAGAGAAACCGUAUGAAUGUCCAGAAUGUGGGAAAAGUUUCAGUUAUGCUUCAGUGCUUGGGAAACACCAGAGGACACAUACAGGAGAGAAACCAUAAAAGUAUCCAGAUUGUGGGAAUGAUUUCCGUAUUAGGCCUAACAUUAUCAGCCAUGUACCUUUAUACACAAGGGAAACAUUUCAAAUGUCCAGCCUGUAGUCUUUCAGAAGUAAAUCACCUCUUAUUGCACACAA